AUGAUUGAUACAGUGACUGCAGUAUAUGACUCCCUUUUAUCGCUGGGUGACGAUAAGCUUAUUUCAAAUGCGAUGUUGAUUCACAUAGUCAUGUCGAAGGUUGAUCCCACUACUCGGUCAAAGUGGGAGGAGCAACUUGAUUAUGAUAAGCUGCCGCUUUGGGCUGAGUGUGAAGCUAUGCUAAACAAGAGAUACCAGCAUUUAUCAGCUGAAGAAGCUUCCUCAUCCCAACAAAGGCCAAACAAUGAAGAUACGCGGCAGAAAACAAAAAAUCAACAACUGCGACACUCAAAGAUAACAUUUAUCGCGACAAAUUCCAAACUGCCGACUUGCCUUCACUGUGGUUCUAAGGACCAUUAUUUGACAGCUUGUCCAAAAUUCCAAGUGCUUACUGCACUUAAAAGAUUUGAAUUUGCAAAAUCUAUUUCCCUGUGCAUAAAUUGCUUGCGCAAGGGACAUACGGCCUCAAAGUGCAAAGCAGAUCACUGUGGUGUAUGCAACCGUUCGCAUCACAACAUGUUGCAUCAAUAUCCGAUCUCCUUUGAGACCGAGCCGCAACCUUCGACGUCACAGGCCAUGCAUAUUAGCAGCCUGCCUGACCGAGUCAUGUUAGCUACAGCCGUAGUUAAUGUAAAGGCCAGCUCCGGUGUUUACGUGCAAGCGCGGGCUCUACUUGACUCCGGUUCUCAAGUCAACUUUAUGACCGAAGAGCUUAUGCAGAUAUUGCGAAUCCGAAAAGCAAAAAUCGCUCUAAAUAUAGUUGGCAUUGGCAAUUCAAAUAAAAAGGUCCAAGGCAAACUAAAAAUCUAUAUAAAAUCGAGAAUCAACAAUUUUGAGUUUUCGGCGGGCUUUUGGGUAACGCGUUCGAUAUCAGUCAAUCACCCAGAUCGGACUGUAAACACAAAUGGCUGGAAAAUCCCACAAAAUAUUGAACUAGCUGAGCCAAGUUUCUACAAAUGUCAGAAAAUAGACAUACUUUUAGGAGCUGAAAUAUUCUUUGAUCUGUUAUCGGUGGGUCAGAUCAGAACCAGCCCAAGGCAACCACCGCUGCAAAAUACAGUGCUAGGCCACAAAUAA